AUGAUUGACAAAAGAAUAAAUGGUGAUAUCAAUGAAACACUUGUUUAUGAUGGUGUAUCAUUAGAUGAUAUCAAUUAUAAAUCAGUUAAAUUCUUGGUCUAUGAUAAAGAUUCGUCUGUUAAUCACUUUCUUGGUGAAUAUCGUUUUAAAUUAUCAACAAUUCAAUCUGAUCAAUAUCAGAUUUAUUCGGUUUAUUUACAAAAUAAAACUGAUUGUGAAAAUGAUGAAGAUAUAAAUGAACGUGGUAAAAUUUUAAUUAGUCUUAUGUAUUCAAAUGAAACAUCAAAUUUUCAUGUUAAAAUAAAACGUGCUUGUUAUUUAUUACCAAUUGAUACUGAUCGUAAAUCAAAUCCUUAUUGUCAAUUAUGUUUAUUUUCAUUUGAUCAUGUAUCGAACAAAUUAAAUUUUAAAACAGAUAUUAAAAACCAAACUUUGAAUCCACAAUUUAAUCAAGAAUUUAUUUAUAAAAAUAUUCAAUUAAAAAAGUUAAUUAAAAAAACAUUGCAAAUAACUGUUUAUGAUAAAGAUUUUGGAAAAAAAGACAAUUUUAUUGGUAACUAG